CCGCCUUCCAGGCUGCGUUGCGCGUGCGUGUCUUGCCCCGCGCCGUCUCUUUCGUGGCUGAGGCGCGGCGGCGGCGUCGAUCAGGCCGAGCGGAGCGCCCUGCGGAGUACGGCCCCGCCACCGCCGUCAUGUUCCGACGGAAGCUGUCGGCGCUGGACUACCACAAUCCGGCUGGGUUUAACUGUCGAGAUGAAACAGAAUUCCGGAAUUUUAUUGUGUGGCUUGAAGAUCAGAAAAUCCGACACUACAAAAUCGAAGACAGAGGGAAUUUAAGAAACAUUCACAAUGCCACAGAAUGGACAAAAUCUUUUGAAAAGUACCUUAAAGAUGUGAAUUGUCCCUUUACUGUACAAGAACGGCAGGAAACCAUUGAUUGGCUUCUGGGAUUAGCGGUCCGGCUUGAGUAUGGAGACAAUGCUGACAAAUAUAAGGACUCCACGCCUGAAGGGAAUAAAAAUGCAGACAAUGCAGCCAAGAAUGCAGAACCUCUGAUAAACCUGGAUGUGAACAACCCUGACUUUAAAGCAGGCGUCAUGGCUCUGGCGAACCUCCUUCAGAUCCAGCGUCAUGAUGACUAUUUGGUGAUGCUCAAGGCAAUUCGUAUUUUGGUUCAAGAGCGCCUGAGUCAGGAUGCUGUUGCAAAGGCAAAUCAGUCCAAAGAGGGCUUGCCGGUCUCUUUAGACAAGCACAUUCUUGGCUUUGACACAGGAGACGCUGUCCUCAACGAAGCUGCUCAGAUCCUUCGCCUGCUGCAUAUAGAGGAGCUCCGCGAGCUGCAGACGAAGAUCAACGAGGCCAUUGUGGCAGUUCAGGCCAUUAUUGCCGACCCAAAAACUGAUCACAGACUGGGCAAAGUUGGCAGAUGAAGGAGGAAAGGCGCAUUCCGGCUCUUCCGUUGCUGGCACGCAACGUGGGGACUCCUCUCCGAACCUAGCAUGCGAUUCAGAAAAGUGGCAGCUCCCAUGUUUGGAAAGAAAACAAGGGCAGCUCCCGGCACAUCCACUGAAUAUCAUUUCCCUUUGCAUAAAUAAAGCUCGGAUUAAGCAGA